AAUAACGGGUGGAAUAAUACAUUUAAGAUAGAGACAAAAAAAAUUAUAUAUAAAUAAAAGAUUAAGUGCCACACCUAGUGGUCAAGAUGGGUAAAACAUUUCUUGGAUUUCAAGCAAUUUACAUCUACUUUGGCAUAGAAGCUUCUAAAGGAAACUGCCUCAGCAAUCAUUCUUUUUGCAUUUUAAAUGGUUUUAAAACUUAAAAUAAUAUUAAUGUCUUAAAAGCAAACUGUUAUGUUGGAUCUGAAAAGCGACAUUAAGUUGUAUUAAUGUUUAUAUAUAAAAAUAAAUUGCAGUCUUUUUUUUUUUUUUUUUUACUGAAACGUUUAUUAUAGCCCCAGUUAUCAUAAGAGAACCCCCUUUUUUUUUUUGCCUCUCACGUAUGUAUUAAUGAGUUUUCUGAAUUUAGUUAUCUGAUUUUAUCACAGCUGAUUAAAAAAUUAAACCACUCUAAGUAGGUUUGCUGAUCUUAGCAGAUUUAAACUGGUAUCCUGCCCGGGAAAGCUGGUGUCCAGCUGGUUUAUUGAGUCACAAAGCUUGGCUUCUAGUUCCUACUAAAACCAGCAAAACCAUGUUUAAGUUUUAGUACAUUUUCCCCAACAGUAUGAAACCAGUGAAAUGCAGAUUGUAGUUCAGGUCCUUUAUAUACAGUACUUUAAGUUGUUUUUAAUGUGACGCUAUAAUAUGAUGGUGGUGGUGGGGGGGUAAAUUUAAGAUCAGUCCAUAAUACUAUUAAGUUUAAGCCAAUGCACUAGGACCCUGGGGCUCAUGAGUAGUGUAUAGAGACAGCGGGAAAAAUUCCAUUUGUCAUCUUCUAAAACUUAAACAAGGAGGGAGGGGGGCAAACAGUCCUCUCUUACCGAGGGGCUUCUGAAAGUGCACCGAAAGCCCCACAAGAUCUUGGAGUCUCCACGUGACAGCAGCGCCUAUAUAGCAUCAGCACCAGUAGAGUGAUACUCCAUCACCAGCCGAGCACUUCAGCAUAUGCCACAGUUACACACACAUCCUCAUGCACCUCAAGGCUUUAUUCUAGAGUUUUUCAGACUAUUGCAUCCAUGUGUUUUCUCACUCUGUCUAGGGGACGAAGGGACUAAACUUUUCCUGCGAGAGGGAUGCUGGAUGUUCCAAGUCCGCUUUGGCAGUCGGAAGGAACUUGAUGUAUAGGCAAAGUUUCUCUUUUUUGGACUAAGUUAGACUCGCGCAGGUAUUUUCUUUCGUUGCUCGCAUCUGCUUUUGAGGGCAUCCACCGCGUCCCGUUCGCUUUUGUAGAUUCGCCAAUUCAAGUAUUUAUUUUCAUUUUCAUUUUUUUUUUCUUUUUUUUUAUGAAUUAGUUCGCUCGCAAACCACGUUGAUCCAUCAAGGUGUAUUUGUAACUCAAAGAACCUCAAGUUAUAAGCUUUUUCUCUCUCUCCAUAGACAUUCACGAGACACUUUUUAGAGUUUAAAAAGCGCGUUUCGCUCUCUAAAAUGACAUUAACCGGUGGUGAAAGAUGAUGUUUUCUCUACCCCUCUAAUAUGUGACACAACUGAGUCUACACUUCUCAACUCACUGCUCCUCUGUGGAAAAAUAUACACAUUGAAACCUCAUAUACGGACCUUGCAGGCUCGCGGCGAGUACCUUUGACGCUUUCUACCGUGAGUCGGGACAAUCACACAGCCGCCCAGAUGCAGUUUCGUCUGUUCUCAUUCGCGCUGAUCGUGUUGAACUGUGUGGACUACAGUCACUGUCAGACGCAGCAGUCUCACCGCUGGAGAAGAAACAAAAGAGCUAGCUAUGGAGCUUAUCCCAUCUGUAAAGGCUGCUCGGUGUGUUCCAAGGACAACGGGUGUAUGAACUGCCAACCCAAGCUCUUCCUGUUCCUGAGGAGGGAGAGGAUGAGGCAGUAUGGCGAGUGUCUCCAUGCCUGUCCAUCGGGCUACUAUGGUGUGCGCGGGACAGAGAUCAACAUGUGCUCCAGGUGCAGGAUAGAUAACUGCGAGGCCUGUUUCAGCAAAGAAUUCUGCACAAAGUGCAAGCCUGGUUUUUACUUGCACAAGGGCCAUUGCUUCGAAAAGUGUCCAGAGGGCUUUGCUCCUCUGGAGGACAAUAUGGAGUGUGGAGAGGGUUGUGAGGUGGGCCAGUGGAGUGACUGGGGGAGCUGCACCAGAAGAAACAAAACCUGUGGUUUCAAGUGGGGUCUGGAAACCCGAACAAGGCAUAUUGUGAAGAAGCCACCAAAGGACACAAUACCAUGUCCGACCAUCGCCGAGUCCAGGAGAUGCAAAAUGGCUAUGCGACAUUGCAGAAAAGGCGGUUCGGGGAAGGGCCCCCGGACCAAAGAACAAAAGAAGAAGUCCAACAAGCAGAGGCUGCGCUUCCGGGCUCAGAACCAACACAGUGACCACCUCGCCUCCCUUCGAGCCAGCCAGUAAAAAAGAAAGAAAAAAAAAGGAGCAAGAGACUUUUCGAUGGAACAAAGACCACAAAGCUGCUAACCCAUGCUCCACACACACCUACCCUGAUGAAAACACACUCACGCAUCCAAACGGGAUUAUUCAUACUCAUGUGGUCACACCGUGUCUCUGUGCCUCCUGCUGCUUCCCUCACCGGUGACACGUCCCCCCGACCCGUGACCCCACUUUGAUAUCAUGGAACACUAUAGCAGCUGUUCAUAAAGCUCAUAUCUCAUCCUAUCUGAGGAGGAAGAAGAGAGAGACUGAGCUGGAAGCACGGAAAGCUUGGGCCUGGAGACCUGGAGGAGUAGAACGAGCACAGAGUGGCGAAAGGAGCAGAAGGGAUUCGAAAACGCGAUUGACUGAUAAUGAUGCCCUGAGAAACAAGAGAGAGACUUAUCUGUAUUUAUGUACAAUUCCCACCAUCCCCUUCCCUACGAAAUCAAGGCAGAGUGUGUCAUGUAUUGCCUUUCUUGUCCAAUAGGUACUUUGUUUUUCAUAGCAAUGUUGCAAACCAUGCAUAGUUGCAAAAUUAUUAUUCUCAGCACAAGAUGUUUACAUCCAGACCGCUUUAUGCUUUGACUGUAUAUUGUGGGUAAGAAUCUUAGUUGUUCAGCUAGCAUGGCCACAAACUCAUGUGUACAUAGUUGGCGAGUUUAUCUAAUAACGGUAACAUUGAUGAUAAAUAUAUAUAUAUAUUAAAAAAAUACUGUAUUUUCAGUAUUGACACCUUCAGAGUUUAAAUGUGUAAAGGGUUAUAAUACCAGCUACAGUUAAAUGAAUUUAAAAAGAACAAAAAGCUAAAUAAAAAGCAUAGCCUCCACAUAGCUAUCACAUUUAUAUGGUAUAUAUAAUUGAUUUAUUUAUUGAUCUUUUUUUAUUAUUAUUAUUUUUAUGUUCGGUGAAAAUGAUGUCUCUGUACCUGAUACUCCUCAGUGCUGAAGUAUUUUUUCAACCACUUAUAACGAUACGAAAUAUCUCCAACAGUGGGACGUGACUGUGUCUGAAUUGCCAAUAAUGUCCUUCAGAAUUCAUUGUGUAAACCUGGUUUAGCAUCUUGUACUUUGUUGAUCACACAUCCUGCAGCAGCUGAAGUAUAUCGUCAACUGAUUGAUAAUGUGUAUAUUGUGUGCUAAUAAAACGCAGUUCAUGUUGUA